CCCGCCACCAAGCCUGCGAUAAGCUCUCGAUUUUUUUAUCAGAGGACGACCUCCAGUGCCAACGCCUGGAUUCAAUCGCAUCGCCAUUACGCCCUAGCAAGCUUGCGAAUCCGAAUCUUGAGCUCUCCUUCAAACCAUCAUCAACUGAGAACUCAAGACCCUUGCCAGGGCGACAGAAUUCAUCAUGCCCCAGAACGAGUAUAUCGAAAGACACCGCAAGCUUCACGGCAAGCGUCUCGAUCAUGAGGAGCGCACGCGCAAGAAGGCCGCUCGUGAGGGCCAUAAGCAGAGCGAGAAUGCGCAGAACCUCCGCGGCCUGAGGGCCAAGCUGUACGCUAAGCAGCGUCACUCGCAAAAGAUCCAGAUGCGCAAGACGAUCAAGCAGCACGAAGAGCGCAACGUCAAGGGCGCCCCCGCCGAGAACGAGCCCUCCAACCCUAUUCCCUCGUACCUUCUCGACCGCGCCAACCCCACAUCCGCCAAGGCCCUCUCCAGUCAGAUCAAGAGCAAACGUGCCGAAAAGGCGGCGAGGUUUUCGGUGCCGAUUCCCAAGGUCAAGGGUAUCAGUGAGGAGGAGUUAUUCAAGGUUGUCAAGACGGGCAAGAAGGUGCACAAGAAGGGAUGGAAGCGUGUGGUUACGAAGCCUACUUUUGUUGGGCCUGAUUUCACCAGACGGCCGGUCAAAUACGAACGUUUCAUUCGCCCCAUGGGUCUCCGGUACAAGAAGGCCAAUGUCACACACCCAACUCUCAAUGUCACGGUACAGCUCCCGAUCUUGGGCGUCAAGAAGAACCCCAGCAACCCCCUGUACACCCAGCUCGGUGUUCUGUCCAAGGGUACCAUUAUCGAGGUCAACGUCUCCGAUCUUGGUAUGGUCACAGCUUCCGGAAAGAUUGCCUGGGGUCGUUACGCCCAGAUUACCAACAACCCCGAGAACGACGGCUGCCUGAACGCUGUUUUGCUUGUCUAAGUUGGUGGCGGUGGGUAUUUUGGAAGGCGGUCAUCAGAGUCUCUGGGGAAAAUGGGUUUUGCAAAAGAUUUGCAUGGUCAAGGCGUCCGGUGUUGGAUGGUUAAUGUCAAAAUAUCCCUGGAAAACACGCCGUUGCCCAGUGUGUUAGUUGCUGUGUUGAUUUUUAUCGAUUUGGCUGAGAGUCAUUGUAGCCGGCUAGAAGUAUAUACCAAGAUGUGCGCAAUUCAUGGGUUUUAAUUUAUCUUGGUCUGUGUCUGGUGACAGCUGUUGACUUUGGGGGUUGCAUUCACAUGCCUCGGCUGGUGGCGUGGUGAUUGG